AUGGCUUACUCUCAACUGGGAUACUCCUACUCCACCCCACCGCAGUUUCUGAUGACCUCCAGCUCUCUGGCCGGUUGUCUGGAGCCGGGUACGCCUCCGUCUCACCCGGUCACACUGCGCUCUCCAGGCCACCAGCUCACCUCUUCCACCGGCAUUGGAGUCUACAGCGGAACUUAUCCAAAGAGCCAAGGUUACUAUAACACCUGCUCCAGCGACGCCACCGCUCUCUACCCCAGAGGGCCACUAGAUCCCAAAGACGGAGCUGCAUCUGUGGGGACAUCUCAGACUCCUGCCUACUAUCCCUAUGAAUACGCAUUUGGACAAUAUCCGUAUGACAGAUAUGGGUAUUCCUGCUCUGACGGCGCUUCCCGUCGUAAAAAUGCCACCCGAGAGACCACGAGCACCCUGAAGGCUUGGCUGCAGGAACACCAGAAGAACCCCUACCCCACAAAGGGAGAGAAGAUAAUGCUCGCCAUCAUCACCAGGAUGACCCUUACACAGGUGUCUACAUGGUUUGCCAAUGCACGCAGGAGGCUGAAGAAGGAGAACAAGGUGACGUGGUCACCGCGGGCUUGUAAGAGCUCUGACGAUCGGGGCUGUGAUGAUGACAGUGACGAAGCUGAGAAGCCACUUAAAAAUGACAAAGACCUUCCUGAUCAACAGUGUGCAGACCUGCAGAGUGACCUUGAGGACUUCGACCUGCUGGAGUCAGAUGGUUCCGACUGUGAACCGAAGCCACAGUUUCUAACUGAGGACAAUGACGCAAACACAGACCUCCCACACGGGCAUCUCACACACAACCCAGACCCGCUGCACGGAAAAGAGAGACUGUCUCCAGACUGCCCCAAACUCACGCCGGUCCAACAGCAAAACCACACCUUCUAUCCCAAUUCAGACCCUCGAAGCACAGACAGCAAGCCGAAAAUUUGGUCCAUCGCUCACACCGCUGUGUCUCUGCAGCCAGAGUACCCUCCCUGCAUGCUGUCGUCGACCGGGUCCUCCUCUCCUGGGUAUCCAUCAAAUAUGGCGCUAACCAAGGCAGACAGGGAACAGGAGUCGCCAGUCGCCACGCUCAGAGAAUGGGUGGAUGGAGUUUUCCAUGGUCCUCCUUUCCAACAACUGCCCAAACCAGCGGAGGUGUGGAAAGGCUUAAAUGAUGCCGUGAUAGACAGCAGACAGUCCUUUGAACUUGUUCGGUCUACGUCAUCGUUGUAGUCCAACCAACACUUCGUCAACGGAAUAUAAUAAGACUGCUGGACUUGAAAGAAAAAGUCUAUAUUUUGUUGUUGUGACUUGACCAAUUGACCGUUCGCAAAGCGCCAACCCCUAUUAGUUACUGUUGCUACGUCUAACAAGCUUUCCAUUCUCGCACAGCAUAUAUGCAGUUUACAAUGAUAAGAGUGGCACUCAAAAAUUAUUUUUUUGUAAUUGUAAAUUUUUGUAAACAAUGGGUCCUUGAUUCCAGACAGAAGUAGACAAAAUCAGGCUUCUCAUAUCUAGCCAACAACCAAUAAUUUUGCCGUCCAAAAUGACAACUGUUGGUGGCAGAUUUCAUUAGCUCUAACUAGCUUCCUAUUUAAGCUAAUGUUAACUCCAUGAGCAUAUUACGUAGAAAACAUAGCUGACUUUCUAAUGUUUCUUGCAAAGGGGUCUUAAAGGGGACCUAUUGUGCUUUCUCCCUUUCCUUUAGUGUGUUAUAUAGUUUUUUUGUGCAUGUAAAAGGUCUGCAAAGUUACAAAGCCCAAA